GAUAGGUGUGCUCUAUUUAGAAAAAACGACCGAGAGAAAAAUCAUGGACGUGGUUCCAAAGUCUCAGCCUACAGUGGACGAAGCGCAGUGGGAGGAAAAAGUCAAGGCAUACCACCUUCCCCGCGCUGAAAUAAACAAAGUGGUAAUGGAGUACCUUGUAAAGGAAGGCUUCAAAGACGCGGUAGGUGCGUUUCAGGAGGAGAGCGGGAUCGACCCGGGAAUCAACAUGUCAAUGCUGGACGACCAGAUUAGAAUUCGGGACGCAGUGGAAGCAGGGUCUAUCCAGGAGGCAGUGGAGCUGGUGAACGACGUGGACCCUGAGAUAUUGGACACUAAUUCAACACUCUUCUUCCACCUACAGCAGCAGCAACUCCUUGAACUCAUCAAGGAGGCAAGCUAA